CUUGUCUUAAUUGACACCGCGUUUGACUAAUCAAUCAAUUCUCCUCCACAUAUAUCUAUACGUACACUCACAUAUACUUUUUUAUACGUAUAUAUCUCUCCCUCUCUCUACUUCCCCAUUGAACAAGCCCUCGUUUCUAUAAUCAUAUAUAUACAGUAUAUUGCUUCUUCCUCCACCUUCCUCCUCAUCUUAUCUAUAAUAUAUAUAUACUCCUUCACUUGCUUACAAACACCAAACACCAAAACCCACAAAGUUGUAAUAAAAACAAAAAAACCCAAAGCAUACAGAGAGAGACCACUAAAACAAAACAAAAAAAACAGAGCAAAUCACAGAAAACAGCAAGGAAAUGGGGAAACACUUAUUCCGAUCAUCUCCACCGCCUGAGAAACAACCAGCUCAUCUCACCCUCGCCGAAACAGCUGUUCAAGAGUGUAUGAGCAACAUCAACGCCGUCAUAUCUAAAUGGACUUCUCCUCCUUCCUCUUCUUCUUCUUCUCCCUCCCCCUCCCAAGAAGAGUUCCUCUUUUCCACCAACAGCCGCCGCGAGGCAGAGGAGUUCGUUGAAGCCGUUAGACAUUUACAGAGCACUAUGCACCGUUUGGUUGCCGUUAACCCUUCCUCGGAUAAGCUCAUCUACGCUCAGAAUCUGAUGCAGUCUGCGAUGAAGCUUCUUGAGUCUGAGUUCUUCCGUGUCUUGAAAGCCAACCGUGAGUAUCUAGACCCUGAAUGCGUCUCCGUUCGUUCUUACAGAUCUUCGAGAUUCAGCACUUCGACUACGGUUAGUAUCUCCGAUUCAGAAGACGAAAGCACUUACGAAGAGAACGCCGAAGAAGAGCAUCGAUUCUCCGGUGGUGAUACCGACGCCAUGGAUGAUCUCAAGAUGAUUGCUGAUUGUAUGAUCUCUACCGGUUACGCUAAAGAAUGCGUCAGGGCUUACAAGACCGUACGGAGAUCGAUCGUUGAUGAGACGCUGCACAACCUGGGGAUGGAGAGGUUCACUCUCCAUCAGAUUCAGAAGAUGGAUUGGGAGGUUCUUGAAUCCAAGAUCAAGACAUGGUUAAAAGCUGUGAAAUUAGCUGUUCGUUCUCUCUUCUUCGGUGAGAGGAUCUUAGCUGAUCAUGUUUUCUCAUCCUCUGGUCCGAUCGUUGAAUCUUCCUUCACUGAGAUUACUCAGGAAGGAGCUUUGGUUCUCUUCACUUUCCCGGAAAAUGCUGCGAAAAUCAAGAAACUUUCACCUGAGAAAAUGUUUCGGUUUCUCGAUAUGUACGAAGCUCUUGCGAAUCUCUUCGUUGAGAUCGAAUCGAUUUUUUACUUCGAGUCAGCCGCGCCGGUUAGGUCUCAGGUGAUCAACUCGUUAUCUAGACUCGGCGAUGCUGUGAGGUUGAUGAUGAACGAUUUCGAAUCUGCGAUUCAGAAAGAGACCUCGAAAACUCCCAUCAUCGGCGGUGGUGUUCAUCCUCUGACUCGUUACGUUAUGAAUUACCUCUCCUUCCUCGCCGAUUACAACGAAUCAAUCGCCGCGAUUUUCGAAAACUGGCAGCCAACCACACCGGCUCCGUUGCCGGAUUCUUUGUUCCUCAACGGCGGCGAUGAAGCUCAUCCGGCGGAUUUGUACUCUUCUCCGGUGUCUUUACGAAUCGCGUGGGUGAUUUUACUAACGCUUUGUAAAAUCGACGGUAAAGCUCAGCCGUACAAAGACGUCGCUCUGUCUUAUCUCUUCCUCGCUAACAAUCUCCAAUACGUCGUCGUUAAGGUCAGAUCGUCGAGCCUGAAGCUGCUUCUCGGUGACGAAUGGUUGGUCAAGCACGAGGAGAAGGUGAAGCUUUACGCUGAUAAGUUCGAGAAGCUAGCGUGGGGGAAAGUGAUGGACUUAUUACCGGAGAAUCCGGCGGAGGAGUUUACGCCGGAGGAGGCUAAGGAGGUGGUCACUAGGUUCAACGAUGAGUUCGAGACGUCGUACCGGAAACAGACAUCGUGGGUUAUACCCGACCCGAAACUAAGGGACCAGAUUAAAAUCUCGGUGAGCCAGAAACUUACGCAUGGUUGUACCGAGUUUCACCAGAUGAACCGGUCCGGUUUGGUUGGAGAAAACGAGGCUGUUCUCAGAUAUACCCCUGAAGAUAUUGGUAAUUACCUCUCGGACCUUUACUUUGGGUCUAGAGGUUCAGGGAGUGUUUCGACAAAAGGAUCCGGAUCUGGAACUGGAUCCGGUACCGGUUCGUCGACUACGGGUACUUCUCGUGGUGGACGUAGUCAUUGAAUCGACUGAGAUAUUUUGAUUAUAUUAUUAGUUUUUAUUAUUAUUAUUCAUUUUUAAAAAAAAUAUUAAAAACUUGUGUGGUUACAGUGAUGUAAGAUCGUAUUCGUAUCCGAAAUCUCUUUUUCUUAAAGUUACGUGGGGUGUGUACAUAUGUUAAAUUAUUGAAUUCUCCUGUUUUUUUUA